AUGGAUGUUUCUAAAAAUCGACAGAGAUACAAACAUUAUACAUGCCUGUGCUUUUCAAUAAUGGGACAAAGAAGAUUUAGAGUUUCGGUAAUUUAUAAAGCUACUUUUAUUAUAUAUUGUGAAGUUAUUAUCAUUUAAUUAUCUAUAUAUGUAAUUGUUUUGUUUUAAAUUAUUGCAUUAAAUUUUUUUAUUUUAUAAAUAUAAAGUGUUAGUAUAAAAUUACCUCUAAAUAAUUCAACAAUUAUUGGAUAAUUCAACAAUCAUCACUUUGAGAUGGGUGUCCUUAUUGCUCCUCCGGAAGCAGGAGAUGCAUCAAUUAACAUCAUACCACAAAUGAAGAAAUAUCCUGCUACUCUUGGAAAAUCUUCUAAAAGUUUGGUUCCUGCAAUAUCAGACAGAAAUGUUACUAAUCGAAGUGCUUUAAUGAUUGCAUCCAACUAUGAUUCUACCAAUAAUAUAAACAAAGAUGCAUAUAGACACACAGUUUUAAUGGAUGAUAAUAUGUUUGAUAAGAUGAGCAAUUCUACAAUUAAUGAUAGCUGCCAAUUCUCUUAUUACAGGAGUAAUAAAAGCGAUAAAUAUGCUGAUGCAAUUUUGGUAAAAGAUAUAGGUGUAUCAUGUAAGCUUUUAAAUCAGAAUACCUCUAAAAUGGAUCUUCCUGAAACAAAAACUCUUGUUAAGCAUCUCAAAAAAGAAUAUAAUGAUUUGACUAGCAUUACAAAUAAAAUAACUACGUACACAAAAGACAUAUUGAGCCAUUUAUCAAAGAAAAAUCAAAGAAAGCAUCCGCUUCCUAAAGAUUUGAUAGCUUCAAAACAUGCAAUAGCAUCUCAGUAUGUGGACACCAAAGGUAAUCUCUGUUUGAAAUUGAGACUUUUUAGUAAUGCUGAGACUCAAUGCACUGCUCAGCAAGUUGUUAAGGAUUCUGACAAUAUAUUGUAUAGAGACAAAUAUGUUACGAAGGAAUUGCACAAUCAAAAUUAUAUAAAGCAUGAAGAUAGUAGUAACAUAAAAUCAAAACAUGAAAAAGAUAUCCAAACAGUAAUUCAUCAAGAAAACGCGGAAACAAAUACUCCAAAUUCAACGUCGUCCAGUAUUUACAACACCAAAUAUGUAACAUUCAAUGACGUGCCUAAAAAUAAAUUGAAAAAAAACAGUGAUAAUAAAGAUUGUGCAAAUCAGUUAGAAUUCAAAAGGCAUUGCCCAGCAAUAUUCACUAGUUGGAAAGAAAUUUCAAACUCGAAACAAUCCAAGAAUAAAUCAUUGUCCACGUUUUCUACUGAAGCGCAGCAAACGGACAUGAUUUCUGAUGAAUGUAAAGAACGUCAUACCUGGAAUAACAUAAAAAUAAAUAAUGAUUCUUACAUGGUUUCUAUUACCCAGAAAGAUGACACAAUUAAAGUCUUUUUAACUAAUCUGAUUGAAAUAUGGAUGGAUACACUGACAAAAGAAAUUAUUUUAGACAGAUGUCGGAAAUUGAAUCCGCUUUUAAAUAUUGAGGAUCUUAAUUAUUACGAUGUUGUAUUAAAUAUUUUGAACAAUAUGUCGAGAAACAUGAUCAAUGCGUCUGUGGAACAUAUAAAGUUACGAGCUGAAAUAGAUGGUGGUAUGAUGAAAUUUGAUGUAAAUUUAACCAAAGGAACAUCUCAAGAUUUUUGGGAAAUCAUAACUAAGCCUCUAUGUAUGUCAACAAUGGAAAUUAGCCGUCAGCAUAAAUUUCUUUUAGAUUUAGUGAAAAAGAAGGAUGAAGAAAUUUCUGAAUAUAAAGCAGAAGGAGCAGAGUUAAUAAGAAAGAAUAUUGAAACAAAACGUUUUGAAGAGGAGCAACUUAAAAUAACAAUUCUUGAUCCAAAUAUUAUUGAUUAUACAAAUAUAUUCCAAAGUGCGAUGAAUUUUUAUAAUGAAUUUAAUUUAUAUGAAUGUAGUAAAACCUCUAAAGACUUUACAAGCAGUAACAACAGCAGUAAUGACGAUAUGCAGAAAAUGAUGCAAAAUAGAUUUGUUCAGAAUUAUAGUAAAAAUGUAUGUAAUUCUGAAGAUACUACUGUGCAAAGAACCACAAAAUCUGUACAUUCAGAAAAUGAAAAGCAAAGUAAAGAUACAACUAGCAAAAAAGUAACCAGUAAUAAAAUUGGAACUGCAAAUUUAUCAUAUAGACCGCCUAAGAAGUUAAAAAAAGGUUUGAAUGAAUCUAUAUUAUAAAAUAUAAUAUCUAAUAUCUAUAAAAUAUAAUUUAUAUAUUUAUAAUAUCCAGAGAAAAAG